CCACCUCAAUGCCACAUAUCAGUGCCACCUGCCAGUGCCCAUCAGUGCCACCUAUCAGUGGCAGUCAGUGCCACCUAUCAAUGCCAGUUAGUGCCACCUAUUAGUGCUGCAAAUCAGUGCCGCCUAACAGUGCCAAUCUGUGCCGCCUAUCAGUGCCAGUCAGUACCGCCUAUCAGUGCCGCAUAUGAGUGCUGCCUUUCAGGGCCCAUCAGUGAUGCCUAGCAAUGCCCAUCAGUGCCACCUACCAGUGCCGCCUCAUCAGUGGCCAUCACUGCCACCUAUCAGUGCCCAUCACUGCAGCUUCAUUAG